AUGGAAGAAGCCAGCCUGUGCCUUGGAGUGUCCUCCGCAGCGGCGGAAGCCGAGCCCCACCUGAGCGGCCCCGUCCUCAACGGCCAGUAUGCCAUGAGCCAGAAGCUGCACCAGAUCACCUCCCAGCUCGGCCAUGCCUUCCCCGAGCUGCACGCGCGGCCCGGCGCCGACGACAAGCCCCCGGCGCCCCUGGACGACAAGGCGCACGUGCCCGGCAGCGGCCAGCCCAUGGGCAGUCAGAUGGCGCUGCUGGCCAGCCAGCUGGGCCGGGACGUGGACACCAGCCUCAACGGGCGCGUGGACCUGCAGCAGUUCCUCAACGGGCAGAACCUGGGCAUCAUGUCGCAGAUGAGCGACAUCGAGGACGACACGCGCAAGAACCGCAAGUACCCGUGCCCGCUGUGCGGGAAGCGCUUCCGCUUCAACAGCAUCCUGUCCCUGCACAUGCGCACGCACACGGGCGAGAAGCCCUUCAAGUGCCCCUACUGCGACCACCGCGCGGCGCAGAAGGGCAACCUCAAGAUCCACCUGCGGACCCACAAGCUGGGCAACCUGGGCAAGGGCCGCGGGCGCGUGCGCGAGGAGAACCGCCUGCUGCACGAGCUGGAGGAGCGCGCCAUCCUGCGCGACAAGCAGCUGCGGGGCGCCCUGCCGCCGCCGCCCGCCGGCUUCCGCUGCACCUUCUGCAAGGGCAAGUUCAAGAAGCGCGAGGAGCUGGAGCGGCACAUCCGCAUCCUGCACAAGCCCUACAAGUGCACGCUGUGCGACUUCGCCGCCUCGCAGGAGGAGGAGCUCAUCGGCCACGUGGAGAAGGCGCACAUCACGGCCGAGUCGGCGCAGGGCCCGGCNNNGGGCGGCGGCGGCGAGCAGGCGGCCAGCGAGUUCCGCUGCGAGGUGUGCGGGCAGGUGUUCAGCCAGGCCUGGUUCCUCAAGGGCCACAUGCGCAAGCACAAGGACUCCUUCGAGCACUGCUGCCAGAUCUGCGGCCGGCGCUUCAAGGAGCCCUGGUUCCUCAAGAACCACAUGAAGGUGCACCUCAACAAGCUCGCGGUGAAGGGCAAGUCCCCCGGCGACGCCGAGGCGCCCGCGCCCUUGGGCGGCAUGUCCCAGGAGGCCCACGCCAACCUGUACUCUCGGUACCUGUCCUGCCUGCAGGGCGGCUUCGUGGCGCCGGACAAGGCCGGCCUGAGCGAGCCCGGCCCGCUCUACGGCCAGGGCGAGCUGCCCCUCAAGGACAAGGAGGCCCUGGGGAAGCUGCUGGCCCCCGUCCCCGGCGUGGCCCGCGGCGUCCCCGACGGCGACAAGCACGCCCUGNUUGACUACAACCUGCCGGGCUCCGCGCACGCGAAGGAGAAGCCCACGGAGUGCCCGGACUGCGGCCGCGUGUUCCGCACCUACCACCAGGUGGUCGUGCACUCGCGCGUGCACAAGCGGGACCGCAGGGCCGACGAGGACGCGCCCGCGGGCCUGGAGGAGCGGCGCGGCUCGGGCAGCGACCAGGAGUCCCAGUCGGUGAGCCGGUCCACCACGCCCGGGUCCUCCAACGUCACGGAGGAGAGCGGGCUCGGCGGGGCGCUCUCCCAGGCCGGCAGCGCCCAGGAGGACAGCCCGCACCCCUCCUCGCCGUCCUCCUCAGACGUCGGCGAGGAGGCGGGGAGACCAGCGGGCGUCCAGCAGCCCGGGCUGCUUCGGGACAGGAGCCUGGGCGCGGCCAUGAAGGACUGUCCGUACUGCGGGAAAACCUUCCGGACGUCCCACCACCUGAAGGUGCACCUGAGGAUCCACACAGGUGAGAAACCUUACAAGUGUCCCCACUGUGACUAUGCCGGCACCCAGUCUGCCUCCUUAAAGUACCACUUAGAGCGGCAUCACCGGGAGCGACAGAACGGGACAGGGGCCCUGUCUGGACAGCCCCUGAGCCAAGACCACAGGGACGAGCUGCCGGGCAAAGCCGCCCUGUUUGUCAGGCCCGACAUCCUGAGGGGCGCCUUCAAGGGCCUCCCCGGCAUGGACUUCAGAGGCGGGCCCGCCUCCCAGCAGUGGACGUCGGGAGUGCUCUCGUCCGGGGACCACCCCGGCCAGGCCACCCGCAUGUCUUCGGAGGCCCCUUCGGAUGCUCUGAAAGGCACUGACCUUCCCUCCAAAAGCACCCACUUCUCCGAAAUUGGAAGAGCCUAUCAAAGCGUCGUGAGCAACGGCGUGAGUUUCCAAGGGUCCUUGCAGGCCUUCAUGGACAGCUUUGUCUUAAGCUCCCUGAGGAAGGAGAAGGACCUGAAGGACAAAGCCCUGUGUGACCCUCCCUCCGCGAAAGUCCACGGGGUGGAUGGCGGCGAGGACAAGGGUGGUGGGAAGGCGGCCCCGAGGAAGUCGGAGAAGUCUCAGUACGAGCCUCUGGACCUGUCUGUGCGGCCCGAUGCCACCUCCCUUCCCGGCUCCCAGGUAACGGUGCAGGACAGCAUCGCGUGGCACGGCUGCUUGUUCUGCGCUUUCACGACGUCGUCCAUGGAGCUCAUGGCCCUUCACCUCCAGGCCAACCACCUGGGCAAAGCGAAACGCAGAGAUCAUGCCGUGGGGCUGGCCGUCCAUUGCAAAGAGCAAGUCCGGGAGGCCAGCAAAGUGGCCCUGCUGCCCCUGGUACAAUCAAGCAAGGAGGUGGCACUGGCCAACCUGAUCGGGCCUCCAGACUCUGCUUCGGAGAAGAUUGCCCAAGGGCAGGCCAAGGAGACUCUGGGGGAGCAGAAGAGUGGCCCGUGGCCCAGCCACGUGGACCCUGCAUUCCGUAACUUCCCGUCAGACUUCUACAAGCAGUUUGGCGUCUACCCGGGCGUGGUGGGCUCAGGAGCCCCCAGUUCCUGCCCCAACAAGGGGCCGGAUGGCAAGGCCCACUCAGAAGAUGACGCCCCGAUCGUGAUCCCCGACACCGCUGACAAGAACACUACUGAGGACCUGUCCGACAUCGCCUCCUCGGAGGACAUGGACUCCACCCAGGGGGACAACGAGGACGAGAUUGAAACGGAGCCCGAGAUGACAAGGAAGCCGCAGUCGGCCCUCAGCAAGGACGGCGGCGAGGGUGGGGACAGCCUGCUGCCCGCAGGUGCCCUGCAGCCGGGCCAGGGGCUGGCGUCACCCCUGCCCCAGGCGUCAGAGAAGCCGUGGCACAGCCCGGGCCUGCUUCCAGCUCAGGACCCCGGGGCGGGCCUGCCCCGGCCUGAGCGGGGGCCCCCAGGCCCCGAGAAGCAGCUGAACAUGCUGUCGGUCCUCAGGGCCUACAGCGCCGACGGCUUAGCGGCCUUUAACGGACUUGCCGGCGGCACGGCCGGCUCGGGAUGCGUCAAGAGGCCGGACUUGUGUGCUAACCGAGAACCUCAUGUGUGCCUCUCCCCUGCAAUGGCCAAAUGA